AAUUGUGUGCAGUGAAGGCACUGAAGGAGAUAGGGAGCAAGAUUGGGAAGAAAGAUUGGGACUUUGGAGUGGAUCCUUGCAGUGGAAAAGGGAGUUGGAAUGUUUCUGAUGAUAGGAAAGGCUUUCAGAGCACUGUGAUGUGUGAUUGUUCCUUCAAUAACAACACUUCUUGCCAUGUUGUAAGCAUAUUCUUGAAGGGUCAGAAUCUGUCUGGUACUCUCUCACCAAUGUUUUCCAAGCUUCAGUAUCUCACAAUAUUAGACCUCAGUCGUAACAUCAUCACUGGUUCUAUACCUCAACAGUGGAGUACCAUGGGCUUGGUUGAGAUCUCUCUCAUGGGAAACAAAUUAUCAGGGCCAUUCCCCAAAGUUCUCACCAAUAUCACAACCCUCAGAAACUUGAGUAUUGAAGGAAACCUAUUUUGGGGUCACAUUCCAACGGAGAUUGAGAAGUUGGUCGAUUUAGAAAAACUCGUUCUAUCAUCCAAUGGAUUCACAGGAGCAUUGCCACCCUCACUUUCCAAGUUGACCAAGUUGAUUGAUUUGAGGUUAAGCGACAAUAAUUUCUUUGGGAAGAUACCUGAUUUCAUUAGUAACUGGACAGUGAUAGAAAAGCUGCAUAUGCACGGUUGUUCUCUUGAGGGGCCAAUACCUUCUAGCAUUUCUGCCUUGACAAGACUAAGUGAUUUGAGGAUAACUGACCUAAAAGGGGAUAAAACCUCAGCUUUCCCACCACUAAAUAACUUGAAAUCCAUGAAGACAUUGGUAUUAAGAAAUUGCAGGAUUAAAGGAAAAAUCCCAAAAUAUAUUGGGAGAAUGGAAAAACUGAAAAUCUUAGAUUUGAGUUACAAUAACUUGAGUGGAGAGAUACCUGAAUCUUUUGCCGAACUUGACAAAGUAGACUUCAUGUAUCUUACUGGGAACAAGUUAUCCGGGACUAUACCUGCCUGGGUCCUUGGAAAUAACAAAAAUAUUGAUGUCUCUAACAAUAAUUUCUCCUGGGAUAGCUCAAGUCCAACUGAAUGUCAACGAGGGAGCAUAAACCUUGCUGAAAGCUACUCUUCAUCUGUAGAUACACAAAAUAAGAUUCAUUCAUGCUUAAAAAGGAACUUCCCAUGCCCUGCUUCAGUUAGCCAAUGUAAGUGUACGACCACCAUACUACAAGUUUUAAAUUACCAUGGAGUGAGUAAAAUUUUGUUACCAUAAAUUUAGUGAAAUAAGUUGUUGAAAAAGUUCUCAACUCAACAAUAUAUCUGUUUUUUUCCCAAGGGUUAAGACUAAUCUCCUCUUCCAAUU